AGGGUUCUAAGGAGCAGCCCAUCCACGAACGCCAACUGCUAAAUCGCCACUUGCCGACCGCCGACCGCCGACCGCCGACCGCCUACGCUUGGACGCCUGCGGGAUUCCGCCCUGCCCCUUAUCGUCUUCUGAAUCCAUCAGUCCUCGCUCCUCUGCCUUCUGGAGUUCUGGUGCGGCUGUGCCACCGUACCAGUGGUGUGCUUCCGCCUUACGGCCUACUGCCUACUGCGCUUUAGCGAUUAGGAUCCCUUUUCACCUUCAGGCUUCAGUUUGUAGAUGUCUUUCACUCCUUUUUCUAUCUAGUCAAUAAUAAGACUCAAGAUUCCCUCCUUGCUUCCGUGCUUCCGGCCUCACUAUACAGAAGCAAGUAAAAUGUUAUCCAGAAUUGCCAGUAUUCAGCUUGUGAGUUCUCAUCCGGAAGUAUAUGAACCGUGUGAUGAUUCAUUUGCAUUGGUUGAUGCAUUAUUGGCGGAUGAGGCUAACUUGUCAGAACACCGACCCAAAUUUUGCAUGGAAGUUGGUUGUGGCAGUGGGUACGUUGUUACGUCUCUAGCACUCAUUCUACGACGAUAUGAAGUUUUAGCAUCUAAGCCCCCCUCAUAUUAUAUUGCAACUGACAUCAAUCCUCAUGCGGUGAGGGUGACUCGUGAGACCGCAGAUGCCCAUAGUGUUGAUGUUGAGUGUGUCAAUACUGAUAUUGCAUCAGGAAUGGAGGGGCGUUUGGCUGGGUUAGUGGAUGUUUUGGUUGUGAACCCACCUUAUGUUCCCACCCCUGAAGAGGAAGUUGGUCGCGAAGGAAUCACCUCAGCUUGGGCUGGAGGUGAAAAUGGUGUUACUGUCAUCAAUAAGAUUUUGCCUGUUGCUGAUAAGCUUUUGUCUGAGAGGGGUUGGCUGUAUUUGCUCACACUUGUCGCGAAUAACCCCUCGGGAAUAUGCCUUCAAAUGAGAAAGAAGGGUUACGCAUCUAGAGUCAUUCUUAAGAGAUCCACUGAUGAGGAGAGCCUUCAUGUUAUCAAAUUUUGGCGGGAUGCCUCUAACUACCCGUUCACCUGGGCCAAAAAUUAGUUUAAUGAUGAAGAAUGGUCAAAGAAUAAAAUGUAAAUAAUGCAUUAGUGAUGUUCAAAUUUCCCAUACCCGGUGACGUCACAAGUCAGAGCUGUCACUCUCUAACAAGCAAUGCUUUCAAGGUAUGCAGAUGAUAUGCAUUUUGUUUAGGCAUUUACAUAGAAGUGUGCUGUGUGUAAGAACUUGCCAUUCAGAUUCUUUUGAUGGAACGUCGGCUUGUUUUGUAAUCUAAAUCACUUGAGUGGGAAGAGUGAUUGUUCUCCUUAAUAUUUCUCAUAUUGUCCAAUAAAGCCUCUGAAAAUCCUUUAGGAUCCUUCAGGAUCAGUUUUGGGCUUUUGGCGCAUGUACAAUUGGAUGAUUGAAUUGUUUUUUAAUUUCCAUUUAACCGAGGAAAGAGAAGUGUUUUAACCUUGCCCCCAGAGUUGUCGUUUUGAGCUUGUAUGAGAAGUUGUUUUGGGCUUCUAUCUGCUGAAAAAAGUUGGGGCUUUCCUCAUUGUACAUAAUGUACGCCCUGGCCACAUGACUCUGGGAAAGCAAUGUGUGUUAGAAAUUACGGGGUUCAGAAGGUGUUCAGCCUAGAUUUUCUUAACAUACAAGCUAUAUGGAAUUUUGCUGAUGCUCUCAUCUGUUCAAAGGUUCCAGGUCACCUCUUUUAGCCGGUUUGUUUUUGCCCAACAUAAUAUGGGAAUGGAUUUUGAUGCCCAACAUAAUAUGGGAAUGGAUUUUGAUGCCCAACAUAAUAAUUGGAAUGGCAUAGUUCCUAUUGCCAAAACAUAGCUAUUCUGUUGCAACCUACCCAGUCGGUGAUACAAAUACUUCGUAUAUGCUUUUGGUGAUCAAGAAAAUAAUUUCAGAUAAAAAAAAAUAAUAGUUGAAAACAGAUACCUGUGAUUUCAAUAAAUAUUUACUACCUCCGUCCCAGGGACAAGUUCUCACUUUCCAUUCUUGGCAGUCCCAACAAAAUGUUCUCAUUUCCUUAAAUAGAAAGUUAUCUCACAUUAAAAUAGUGCAAAACAGUGCCAAACAGUGUCGAAACAGUGCCAAACAGUGUCGAAACAGUGCCAAACAGUAAAAUUUACCCCUCAGUAACUUUAUUUCCUUAAUAUGUGUGAAAGUCAACCCGGGAACUUCUCCCUGGGACGGAGGGAGUAUUUGUUUAACCUGUUUCUUAUGUUAUUUUGGUUCCAUAUACAUACAAGUAUACAAACUGGCAGUCAUAUGAGCCCAGGGAAAAAGGUCACGCCACAUGUUUGUUAAAAUAUCUCAAAUGGAAUGCAAUUAAAAAAAGAACAACCCUUGAAUGUAGUACUCACGUCUGAUUUGCUUCAACUUCAGCUGGCUUUUACGAUUUUCACUUGUAUUUUGAUAGUUUGCUUUAUGUGAUGUUCAUAAUAAUAUGUAGUAAUAUAAUAAGACUUUCUUUUAUAAGGGAUCUCCUGUUUGUUUUAUUUAAAGGUAAGGUAUCGUAUUUGUUGCUGGACGAAGAGUACUUAAUUAUAUGCGUCUCAACUGUGAUUUUUACCAUUUAUUGGCACUUUACAUUUGCAUAUUUCAACCAUAUGUUCCGACAUUCCCGUGGAAUUAGUCUGAGUGGUGGUAUGCUAACAAAGGAGGCCGUGGUCCACAGCAUUUCCGGGUCAUGGUCGUGGUAGGGAAGGAUCCUCAUACUCAUGCAUCACAUGUUCAUGCGGUUCACAUCAGUGAAGCUCUACUUAGACAGUCAUCUACCAGACUACCACCAUCGACCAUGCUUCCAUGUUGAUGCUUUCUGGUGCUCAAUGGAACACUUUGCUAAGUACUACGUAUGAUGAUAAAUGGUAGUACACAUUCUUGUAUAAUGGAGAAACUCACAUGUACGCAUAAUCUCUUCCUUUGAAUGGUUACUAGACAUAGGAGUAUUGUUCCAUAUGAUGGGCUCAAAAAUAUCUUCACUAGUCUCGAAAGAUGAAUAUAUUAUGCAAUUGUAAACAUUUAAUACCCUGCUAUUCCCGUUUCCAGAAACAUUUUAUUUAUCAUGAUAUAGGGGUGUUUGGAUCUGAUUCUUAAAA